AUGGCUUCUUCACAAUGGACAAUACCAAAACUUGUCACUUGGAGAGUCAAAGAUUGGGCUUCUUGUUUCUUGGCUUCCAACAGUGUUUCCCCGACGUCGGCGUCUCAAAACCGGCGGUUGAGCUGGCCGCAGCCACCGGUCUCAGACGAAGCUGGCUUCAUUGUCUUCUGCUUCGACCGCGAAGAUGGAGGUUUCGAUGUUGUGAAAGAGGAGAAACAAAAGAAGAAAGAGGUCGAAUUGUCGCCGGAAAAGUCACCGAGGACGGUGAACCGUAAGCUUAUAUAUGGAGAUAAAGGAGUAGGAGGAAUAGAGAAGAAAAGCUCGCCGGAGGUUAAAGAGACAGAACAAGAUCAGAACGAUAACACUUCAUGUCAAGAAAAUGAAGAUGCCACUUCUAAUGUUCAUGAAGUAAUAUUGGGAGUAGAGUGGAUGGGGAGCCCUGUUCAGAUGCCUAAAUCCGAUGACUUGUCUCCCAAGAAACAAAAGCCAAUUGCUUUAGGGUUUCAAUGUUGUAGAUUCUGA